CCAUACAUACAUACAAUAUAAUCUAUAUUUAUAUUUUACGAUAACUUCACUUUUAUGUAGUCAGUAAAUUUUAAACGCCCUCUGUUCACAGCGCACCUCAGUGUGUCUCGAUAACAGAAUUCGUUUAGAAUUUAUUAACCUCCCGCGAGCAAACACGUUACAUAAAUCGGUUGUUCUUCUUGUUGAAAAAUUCACCGGUCGACUUGACACCUCGUAGAUGACGUCUUCGAACGAUUCUCGUUCUCGUGCCCUUAAGUAAAAAAUUUGACUCUAUGAGCAGGACUCUAUGCAAAGACAAAUUCUAUCGUCAUGAAACGAGAAGCUCUGCGGUUGAACAGAACAGAAUUCAGAAGCUGUUGGCGUCGGAAUACUCUGACUUUGCCGACGUGAUCCUGGUGGAGUCGCCGUUCGCCGAGACCACCAGGAACGGGCGAGGAAUUCGACAGGUUUCUCUGGCUCUCAGCCCAUCGAAAUUGAUCAUAGCCGCGGACGUUUUCAAGGGGAACUCGGAGUUCCUGUGCCCGCGCGAUCUCGAUCCCAGCAUCGAGAGCUUCGAAUUAAUUUCGCUGUACCCUUUGCAAUGCGUCAGCUUGAGCGUGUUCAGCAGAAGACACCGUAAAACUUUAAAGGCAAGAUUUAUCGAUGGAAAGGUAAGCUAUUACGAGCUCGGCGGUAUACACGGGAGGAACGUUCUCUGGCGAGAAUGGUGCGAGCAGGUGGAAAGUUUACUCGGUAAAAGGAUGGACGGAAGCUCGUUGUCGGAAACGACUGCCGCGAGUUCAUCGAGCAGUUCGACCUUAUACAUGCUUUCGUCAGAAAUCGAGAUUCGAAAGGAUCGCAGGAAAGAAGGAAAGAAAGCAGUGUGCAGAGUAUGGGCUCAUUAUGGAGGCGCGGGUGAUUAUGCACCUCCGACGUGGCGCCACAGAGACUUAUACCUUGGACCGUCGUACAACGAAUUGGUCGACGGGCAAUAUACUCCGAUUCCGAUAAGAUUCGCUGGCGCCAGCUUAGAAAAUAUAAAGGACGAGUUAAAAGAUUUUUCACCGAGUAAAGGAACCCGUAGUUGGCCCAGGUGUCGUUGUUUCGAUGAGAAAUACAAAAACAACGGCGGUCUCUGCGAUGUGCUCUUUAUCAGAGACCAUAAUCGUAAAUACUUCAACGCGAACAAGUUCUUCGCGACCUGUCAAAGCUGUCCUUGCAAUCGGCUGCAAAUAAGGAUGUUCGACAACAAAGCCACGAAAAAGAACGUCUGGUACGACGAAGACUCUCAAGAAGAAUCGAGAAGCCCUAAGGAGUGCGUGGCGCAUAGGAUAUCUAGAUUCGGAAUCGGUGUACCAGAAAAAUGUCACUCGGGACUGGUCCUGGGUCCAGUUCGUACUGAACGCGAAUGUCUGCCCCCGAAAAUAAUAAAAUACAACUUUCACGUUCUUAUGGAGGAUGCCGUGAAAGCUUGGGAGGGCAACGAGAAAGAUCGACAGAAAUCUUCGAAGUACACUAAACACUUUAGGCGAUACGGCCUUUGCACUGCCCCUCAUUUCCUUUACGCGCUCGGUCCCUGGUCCGUGCAACCUGGAGAACGGAGCACGUUACAAGGCCGAAGGUCAUUCAGUUUGGUUACUAUACGUCGACAACCAAACGACUCGGAACUGAGACUUCCGGUAUCGCGUCGUCAACUAGCGGCCAGUGUAUCAUACACUGGCCUUCAGUCAGGUAGGUUUGGAUCCAUCGGGAUCUCGGCAAAGGGACGCGUCGUGCUAUUUUGGACACCAGAGUUCUGGUACAGGCCCAGACCUGCCUCCGCUGCUUACAGGGAAUUGAGGCGACACUUGGAUCAUCUGAGAAACUUUCGCCAGGGGAAAGAACGACCGUCCAAACGGAAACUGUUCUGCAGAAGAAAGAAGUGUCAAUGCGAAGAUGACUCCGCGAUAGUUGCGGAGGAGAAACCGAGUUUCCUCGAGCGAAUCUUCUCCGGAAACGGAUCUUGUAAGAAGAAAAAGAAAUCGGAGAACCAAGAGAACGCAGCUACCGCUCAAUUGACGAGACUGCUGCGAAUGGACUUCCGGAUAACGAUUUGGGAUAUAAACAGUAACAUCUUGGCGACGCAGCUGACGCUCAUCGAUCGCGAUCUCUUCGUCCGAAUUCCCGCGGAAGAGAUCGAGAUCUUGGUAUUUCAAAGGAGCUCGAGGAACGCGCCUAAUUUUGCGGCGUGGAUCGCCUUCGGUCAUCGAGUAUCCUGUUUAACCGUGAGCGAAAUUCUCGCCGUGAGGAAGUUAACUAUGAGGGGCAGAAUUAUUGCCAGAUUCAUAAAUGCAGCCAGAAAAUGUUUCUCCAUGGGAAACUUUCACUCGUGCCGAUCGAUUUUGGCCGGAUUGCAAGCACCGGCUAUAUUUCGACUGCGGCAUACCUGGUCUUACUUGCGUACUCAUCACGCUUUACGGUAUGAGGCUAUGGAAAGACUUUCUAAACUUUACAAAAGUCCAUGUACUGUGGCAUAUCGUCGGGCUUGGGCUAAGGCGGAAGAUAAUCCGCCUUGCAUGCCGCAUGUCGGCGAUCUCUUGGUGAAACUUUUGAAUCUCAAUAAGCCAAAACAUCAUCAGGAGUACAAUCAUAUUAACCGUGUUAAUAACAAACCGGGCCAUAGAAAAGUGUCUGCGAGAGAGACUGUUGCUAACAAUAAAGAGGACAGUGUAACGAAAAGUAAUCAAAGUUUAGAACACAAGCAAAGCUCUGGCAAAAGUGUUCUUGCGUCCGUUCUAAACAGGAUGAAACAUAAGAGGGAUCAAAAAACGAUUUACGAGGAAAAGACUGACUUAGCGUGGACGACGAGGGAACAAGAUUUGGCGUGGAAAUAUUUUUAUCGGUGGAACAAUAUAGUCUUAAGGCGAAAAAUUCUCCUGAAAGAACAAUAUAGAUUAAGGGAUAUGGACCCGAAGAUGAAACGCGUUCUCGAAGUAGUAACUUGGCUGAUGGAUUGUCAGAAACGAGCUCAAGGAUAUGAGUUUCCGGGACACUCGUUCACGAGGGAAUUUUUAUUGAAGGCUCGAUAUAGAGAAGAUCGGGAAAACUUUUUUAUUAGUUUGAAACUGGAACCAUCGACGAUAACUUGAAGGAUUUAUGGAUUUUGCCAGUGUAUUACGACAGUGGAAAAGGAAAAUAAAUCGGAAAGGGAAUGCUUAAAUUAUUAUUAACAUUGUUCUGAUGAAUGUGUUUGAACACGAGUAUACCAAAGAACUUUACAAACAAUGACAUUUACACAUACAGUCUUCCGGACAAAUACGCGGAGUUCUCACCGCAGUUUAUGUACUCCUCAAACGGCCCAUCGUUGCGAUUGACCUCGUCAUCGUCAAUCAGGGGUAUGCUGUAUUCUACAAUACAUCGAUCGAUUAAAUUAAAAAAAAAAAAAAUAACACGAAGAAAAACGAUGAGAAAAAAUAAAGCAGACGUAAAAGAA